AUGGAGUCUCUUCCCUCCGAAGUCCUACACAACAUCUUCUCUUCUUUCUGUUCUUACUGUCAAGGCGUUACCCCCAUCUUUCGGGCAGAUGACAUCAAGAUCGUUGACUUCUACAAGGCCGUAACCAACUCAGAAGUAGACAGACCUAUUCAUUACCACCGCCAAACUCUGUGUAGUCUGAGUCGCGUCUCGCGUCAAAUCCGACAAAUUGCACAACCUAUUCUUCAUUACCAGUUCGACAUCAUUCUGAGAAGCCCAAUCGCUGAACCCCAGAACUGGCGUCUUGAGCCUUUUCUUCGAACUAUCACAGCUCGGCUGGACCUGGCUCGGCUGGUUGCAUACCUGAAUAUCGGUUCCGAUAUGGUGGCCCAGCUCGACAUAAAGGCAGCACGGAGAGUCUACCUCCAGGCACUCAAAACUUUAGGCGUUGGUGUUGAUAAAAUAUUAGCCAAGAGGGCCGAGAACACCAACCCAGAUCUCGAAAUUCCAAGACCCAUGCCCUUUGAGUUUGCGGAGUAUGAUCUUAAUGGUAGUGUGUUCAAAGAUCGAUACAUGUUUCUGAAGCAGUUUCUGCUAGAAAACUGUGAAUCGUCUGUAUGUGCGCCGCCGCUUAAAGAGGUCGCCACCACUGAGCUUAUGAUGGUUCUUCUUGCCCUGCCUCCAAACUUAGAGACUCUCGUGAUCAACGACAAUUUCUUCGAAGGGUCCAUGAUGUCGACUGCGCUCGAGGCAUUUGGUGUGACGAGUCUUAACCUCAAAUCAGUCGUUUCUAUCCAAUUUCCAUGUGGAAUUGUGAAGAUAUCGCCACACCUACAAAGCCUGAUUAUCGGCGAUGUCAAAAAGCCCGUCAGGAUCCCACAUGCUGGGACACUAUUCUAUUGGGGACACGUGGCUGAUGGCUCUAAUCGGAUAGCGGCAAAAGACUAUCAUUCGCUCACGCUGAUUGACUCCAACCGAGAAGCUCAUGACUUCCCCUAUACCAUCCUCAAGGACGGACUUCAAAAGCUGGCAGCGGCGCGGUCAACGUUUUCCUGCUUAAAGAAAAUCCGAUGCGAUCUCGAAUACUCCAAGUACGACUCGGAUACAAAGCAAACCUUCGCUCUAUUGGGGGUGGACUUUGUGUACGAGACGUUCGAAUGGAAGACUGGAAUGGGGAUUCUAGGAACGGUCGAGUGGCCUUUCGGCAGGGCAGACACUCCAGAGUCGUUUUUAGAUCCUCGCGAGAGGGAGUCUAAGGAAUUGUUUUUAAGCGGAGAAAUGGAGUUUUCAGAUGAAGAAGAUGCAGCAGGUUAUGCAAUGAUGUAG